AUUGACAAUGUGAAUCUAGAUGACUACAAUAUUCAUGUCAUUGCCAGUGUGUUCAAACAGUGGCUGAGAGAUUUGCCCAAUCCCCUCAUGACCUUCGAACUCUACGAGGAAUUUCUGCGAGCUAUGGGCCUGCAGGAGAGGAAGGAGACCAUCCGAGGCGUGUACUCUGUCAUUGAUCAGCUCUCUCGCACCCACCUCAGUACCCUGGAACGCCUCAUCUUUCACCUUGUGAGGAUUGCCCUGCAGGAAGAGACCAAUCGAAUGUCAGCUAAUGCCCUGGCCAUUGUGUUUGCUCCCUGUAUUCUCCGCUGUCCUGACACAACUGACCCACUGCAGAGCGUUCAGGACAUCAGUAAAACAAUCACCUGUGUGGAGUUGAUUGUCGUAGAGCAGAUGAAUAAAUACAGGGCUCGUCUCAAGGACAUCAACAGCCUGGAGUUUGCUGAGAACAAAGCAAAAAGCAGGCCGUCUUUGAUCCGCAGAUCAAUGACUCAGGAAACUUUUCAUCAGUUUGGAUCUCUGAUUGGAGCAAUAGCACCAUACAGCUGUGAUUCACUGGCCACGUCUCGUCAGUGGGUGUUUGACUGUAUCAGCUGCCUUCUCUGUAUACAAGGCCAGCCCAUGAACCUGGGGUCAGCGGAAGAGGAGCUGAGAUGUCUCCGUGAAGAACUAACAGCAGCUCCGGACCCCGAGGCUCUGUUUCAGGCAUCUUCCAAAAUGGCCAGGGUUGUUAGUGAGUACUUUCCCCCAGAACAGGCCACAGCCUUUAUUGAGGCCACAGUGGAAAGUAUGCUGUCUGCCAGCCCCACCUGUGCCACAGCAGCUGGACUGUGGAUGAAGGUUAUACUGAAGGAGUGUGGAGAUGCCAUGCUUGAUAAGGUGCCAGCUAUUGUGGAUAUAAUAUAUAGCCACAUGGCUACUAUCCAGGAGGGCAGCUUGAGGCAAUUCCUGCUGGAGGCAGUGUCUAUUUUAGCUCACCAUCACCUAGAGGCAGUGAUCUCCAGCCUACUCAGCAACCAUCUGCCGAUGGACAGUUACACCAGUGAGCUGUGGAGAUCUCUGGGGGGAGACCCCUUGCUUGCCACUCAGGUCCUACAGGUCCUAAUAGAAAAAAUAAAGAUGUCAACAAGCCAAGAAGAAAGCAUCACCUCAGAGACUGAAACUGACAGGCAUUUGGCAGCUGCUGAACCUCUCUCAGCAACAUGUGCCAUCUUUGAGGUGGUGUCAGCACAGCAGUCGAGCAAAGCUGUGCAGGAGCUGCUCCCAGAGUUGUUUCCUGUUCUCCUGCAGCAGGUCAGCCGAACCUCAGGACAAAAGAUGCCUUUGCCAAGGAUAAGCAGCUGGAGCCUAUUCCAAAAAGACCAACAACAUACUGAGGGCAACGCUUGCCGGUUUUCUGUCCAAGCGUUAGAAUCUGUGCUUUCCAAAGCUAGGAAUGAGAGACUGGUGAGAGUGCUCAGGACGCAGAAAACAUGGAUUCUGCUUGAAAACCCCCAGACUCACCAUGAGGGAGUGUGUCUGCUGGUGAGUGGUCUGCUAAGAUUUGGACUAAUAACCCUUGAGAUCAUCCAGAGCCUCCUCCCCUGGGUGAAUUCCCCAAUGGAAAACUUCCGAAUCACCGGCACAGCUUUCCUUGCCCAGCUAAUGACUGAUACCAUGCUCAGGGAGAAGAAGUUGCUUAAGAGUGUCUUGCGCAUCUUGGAAGAAAGGUCACAGGAUAGGAACAGCAUUGUCCGUCAGAUGGCUGUAAGAGGCCUGGGAAAUAUAGUCGAUGGGGCGCCUGUGAAGGUGAAAAAAUACAAGAAGUUUCUUCUGGACAUACUGAUCGGGGCCUUACAUGACGUUUUCAGUUCUGACGUGAUUGGUGAGAGCAUGAAAGCACUGGCCAAAGUCCUGAAGGAGCUGAAAGAGAAGGACAUCGGUUCUUCCUUCAAAGACCUCACCGAACAGAUCUGGGCCUACUUUGACGAUGAGAAUGAUGGUCUUCGCUCAGUGGCCUUUGUCCUAUUUGGCAUCCUGGCUCAGUUGACAAAGAAAAAAUGGAAGGCCUAUUUCGCUGAGCAGGUUCGAAAGAGCUGGGUCAUACUUCUGCUGCACCUGCAAGACCCAAGCCCCGAGGUUUCAAUGGAAUGCAGAGCUACAUUUCACCUCUGUUUCCCGUUUUUGGGACUGAAGAGACUCCAACAUGCGAUCAAUAAGCACCUUGGUGGCAGAGCCGAGCUGAAGCCUGAAGAGCUCCAGGUGGACAUUUGCAGACACCUUGCCAAAGAAAAUGCAGAACUGCUGGAGAACUUGUAUAGCACAACCAUCGCGUCCUUCAGUAGCAGCUGGGAAGGGAUCCGGGCAGGUGCCGCCAACUUAGCUGGCAUCAUCCUGGAACACACAGACACUCAGCGUAUGAAAUGGCUGGACCUGGAACAUCUGCUGAUGUCUCUCCAGGUCCUAGAGAAAGACCCAAGUCCCACUGUCCAGCUGGUGGCAACUGAGCUCAUAAGUGACAUCUGUCCUGGCCGAGCGCUUGGCGAAUGAAGCAGAACGGAGACCAACAGAACAAGGCGCUCCAGUGGUAUAAGGGCCCUACCAUCAAUCAAAUGUUAACCUCACCCCUUGACCCCGGCAGCAAGAUGUGUCAUGUGACCCCUCUAAGAACUCCUCCCACUUUCCUCUACCAAUCAGGAUGGGUUUCGCCCCAAUAGGAAUGCCCCGAGAGAAGACUUGACCAAUCAGGGGGAGUUCCAGGGCAGGUGACGUGUCCUUUGUGUGACCCCUCUAAGAACUCCUCCCAUUGCCAUCUACCGAUCAGGAUGGGUUUCAGCCACUGGGGAUCACUCCAAGAGGAGAUUUGGCCAACUGGGGGGAAUUCUGGGGUGGGGUGACCCAUCCGGAAGUGCUUCAUGUGACCCCUCUAGGAACUCCUCUCACCACUCUUUACCAGUUGCGAUGGGUUUCAGCUGCAGAGGACUGCCCCAAGAGGAGAGUUGACCAAAACAAGGUAGGUUCUCGGAAGGGGUGAACCUCCCAGAAGAGGGUCGUGUGACCCCUCUAAGAACUCUUUCCAAUGCCCUCUGCCAAUCAGAGUGCAGCACAUCACUUCAUAAGUCCCAGCGCUGGGCAGAGGAGGCCAUCUCUUGCCAAGAAGACGUGUUUUAUGAAUUGUGGAAAGGCUGAGAGGAGACAUGGACUCCUUUACCACUCCCCUGAGAACUUCAGACUUUGUUUUAGCCCUGAGGACCUUUGGGCUUGUAUGGAUAAAGCGCUAUAGCAGUUACAGUUCCGAGGAGGGCCCUUUGACUCGACCAUUGAUAGAUACCUCGGGACCCGACCCUGAACCCUCGUGAAGAACCCUGAUGAGUGUGACGACCCCCCCUCCCCAAAAGUUGGAAGAUGAUCAUGGCUUGGGGGAGUCACUGGUGGACAAGGUGAACGGGAAAGACGUUGCUCAGGUCGAUGAUGCCUUUCAAGAGGCCUUUAAGAACUUACACAUCAGUAGCCCUGUCGUGCAUCAGCUGUUUUUGCUCCUGUCUGAGAUGCAGAUCUCAAGAGGAAAAUCUGGAAAAGGACAAAAUAGAAGAAUGAACCAGCUCAGAGUCCUUCGUUGUAGGGGUCAUGGCAUCCAUUUUUACAGGUGGCUGUCAAAGGUUGUGUUAAACCAGGCAAUUAAUUAAACUUAUUUAAAUGUGUCCCUGUGACUGUAUCCCCCUCCAUACUUGCGUUAGUAAAAGACGGUACCAGGAACAGUCCUGUCUUCACAGACAGCUCUGUUAAUGAAAAUAUAUUACAUCCCCAGGGAAGCUGGGAGCUUUGGUGGGGGAAUCCUCUUGUUCGAGUGGCCAAAAAGCACAGUAAAACUUUAAAUAGAAGACAGGUAACAGCUUAGCUUUCAGAUCAGAUUUUUUCACUUUACACAAACUGGCUCAAAUACAUUUUAAAAGAAACAAGACCAUUGUUUCAGAUGUGGACAUGCAAUGGCAGGCAGAUUUGGUAGAUGUGCACCGGUUCUCCAAACACAACAGAGGCUUUAAGUACAUCUUAACGGUGAUAGACAUUCUAUCCAAAUAUGCUUGGGCCUUAGGCCUAAAAGACCAGAUGAAUGGUGAGGUAUCCAAGGCCUUUAAAGCUAGUUUUAGUGAAGGCCGCAUGCCUCAAAAAUUACAAACUGAUCGGUGGAAAGAAUUUUUAAACAAACCUUUUAGCAGAUUGUUAAAACGGCACGGCGUUCACCAUUUUGUUACUAAUAAUGAAGUCAAAGUAGGGGUAGUGGAGCAAUUUAACAGAACUUUAAAAAGAUGUGGAGGAGGUGGAGAUAUUUUACAGCCCAUAACACUUUUCGCUACAUUGACGUGUUAUCUGACUUUAUAAAGAAUGACAACCGGACCUUUCACAGAACUAUACGUACCAGACCUGCUGAUGUUAAUCCUUCACAUUCUCUGAAGAUAUGGAAAACAGUUUAUAGAGAUGGUUUUAAAAUAAAAUCGGUUGUUGCCCCUUUUAGAAAAGGCGACCACGUGAGACUAUCUAAAGUCAAAGGAGCCUUUGAAAAAGGUUAUGAACAGACGUUUACUGAUGACCUAUUUAUAGUGGAUGAAGCCUUAACCAGGAGCCAGAGCCCUGUAUACUGAUUAAAAGAUUACGAGGGUGAGACAGUUACUGGAUCUUUUUACCCUGAAGAAUUACAAAAAGUAAACCCCAAACAAGACAGGAUUUACAGGAU